GAUUUUUUUUUUUUUUUGGAAGGGGGUGGAAUAUCAAUUUUUAUUGCAUCACCUGUCAGUGGCAUCCAAUCAGAACUGGCUUUAGGGGAAUUAAUUGAUGAAGGUGUCUCCCGACGAGCUCACUUCACUCUGUCAUCUUAUUUGUGGGAGAAGCAGCGGCGGGAAUAGCAGCUGCAUUUCUCUCUCUCUCUCUCUCUCUCUCUCUCUCUCUCCCUCUCUCUCCCUCUCUCGCUCUGUCUCUCUCUCUCUCUCUCUCUCUCUCUCUCUCUCUCUCUCUCUCUCCAUUCUCUCGCAUACAGUAGAGUAUAUUCAUGAGUAUUUGGGAUAAUUAAAAGAUUGCAGGAUGCCAUGAGGAAUGUCGAAUUGCGCAGUCGAUGUUUUUUUUCAGCGAUUGUUGGACAGAAUUUAGGUGUCGAUAUGGGAGACUUGGAAUCGGGUUAUGAAGAGGUGGAUGGUGUGAGACUUGGUUACCUUAUAAUUAAGGGGAAACAAAUGUUUGCGCUCUCCCAAGUAUUCACCAAUCUGCUGAAAAAUAUACCCAGGACAACCGUACACAAAAGGAUGGACCAUCUAAACGUGAAGAAACAUCACUGCGAUUUGGAAGAAUUAAGGAAACUCAAGGCGAUAAAUUCUAUUGCUUUUCAUGCAGCUAAAUGCACUCUAAUUUCUCGGGAGGAUGUGGAAGCGCUGUAUACCUCUUGCAAAACCGAACGAGUUCUGAAGACCAAGAGAAGAAAAAUAAACGGGACAUUGUUAUCAACGGAGCUCAAACAGGGGAAAGCCCCUGCCGAUCACUACACAAGUUUUUUAAAAGAGAACAAAGUUUGGUUGAGUUUGAAUGGAAAGCCGCAGCCUCUGGCUGGAAUUGGCAGGACUUUGCAAGGAGGCGGCAGCUCGCUGCCGGCCUCCAAUCUACCUCAAUUAUACAGCAAAUUUACCAGCCACAGUUACACGGAAAUGGUGCGAUCGCAUUGCAAAACGCCUCAAAACUACGAAACUGCUGAAAUAUCAAGUAACUGCGUCGCAUUUCACACCAAUCACUCCUUAUUUCGGAGCAUGAUUUGCCGACAUCCCGUAUUUUACCAAUCCGCCAUCGCCUACUACCCUAAGUCUCCGAAUGCUGCCGGGUUAACCUAUUAUUUCAGGCGCAAAAGUUCGUGUGAAAUCACUCAGAAACAUUUGGGAAGUUCAAGCAGUGCCAAGCGAGUCUUACUGGCGGCAGCUGCUCCUAAAUCUUACAAAACUAAAGGAGGGGAUCAGUGCUUGAAUAAAUUUCAUCUUGCCAACGGACUGCAUUGUAACCAGGGGCCCUUGCAAGAAAGCUGCAGCAGCGACUCCGAGUCCAGUUCCUUCUCCGAUCGCGCAGACAACGACUCGGACUUUGGGUCGAGUUUGUCGAGUUCCAGCAACUCGGUUUCUUCGGACGAGGAAGAGGAGGACACUGUGUCCGAAUCCUCCGACGUAACCUCGGCCAGUGACGAAGACAGCUCGUCCGAGUCAGAUUCCAGCUCCGUUUCCAGCCAAGUUUCACUUCAAAGCAUUCGGUUCAGGCGCACCAGUUUCUCCAGCAUCUGCAGUAAACCUCUCGUCAUAACGCAGCCGACCUUCCACUACCAGUUCCAAGCCAAAAACAAUAAUGUGGUUCAUGAAACAGCCGGUAACGAUCUCCUGGAAGGAAGAACUUCUCAUUGUAAUUUAAAGUCGUCGGCUGUUGUGAAGAGAAAUGAGCAGGACUGGACUAUUAAAUCGCAUAACGUGUCCUGCUCAACUGGCAGUGGAAGUUGCGGGGGCGAGAUAAAUAACGAUAGGAUAUCCGAGCUUCCAUUCCCACACUCUGAAAUUUCACAAUAUCUAAAGAGGUCUGAAUCGACAAUUAACCGUGCUCCAGAAGGGGGGCCUGUACCUGGCCCAAAGGGAAACACCGAGUUUCCACAACAAAGAACAUUAACAGAGUCGAGGAAAUGCCUUGGAGCAUCUAUAUCACACUGCGCAGAGGAAAACAAUGUAACGAUAGUUUCCGAGCCGCCAGACAAUGAUUCCCCAUUAACAGCAAAUGUAGAGAAAGAAUCGAAAAUCAGUAAUUUCAUCGCACUGUCCUCGGCUUUCCAGAGUUUAAAUACGGACAAUAGCCAAGGGCCUGCCGUUCACAUCCACGGUGACGGUGCAGACAUGGGGAAAGCGAUUAUGCACAAUAUUACAGUCAAACUGGAAGAAAGUAGCUGCGAGGAAGAAUACGGAUAUAUGGCUCAACACCCCAGAAAGAAACUCAAGUAUGCGUGCAAUGUAUCGCAGCAAGCAGUAACCACUUUAAGUGAGAAUAAAAUGCGAGACUGUUUUGCAACGAAAGCAAAAGAAAGCUAUGUGUGCACUGAAAAAGCUACCAAUUCCCAAAACGCAUCCAGACGAGGCGAAGACCUUCAAAGCACUUUAAACGACCCAGUAUUAGAAGACUGCGAAUUUCGAAAUGGUGCAAGGAUAAGGAGGAAUUACAGAACUUUAGUGUUGGGGAAACAGCAUGCUUUGCAAGGAUCGUCAGUCAAAACAAUUGUGAAAUCAGAGAAUCCGCGACUUACAGGUAAAACAGAUGCGCAUGAAGGAACACCAGAAGAAUUUGCUGGUACAAACAAACGUAAACGAGUAGCCAGUGGUGUGGCAUCCACGUUGAAAAGGCCAUUUAAUUUCAUGGCCAAUUUUCCCUCUCCACCAUCACUAAUUGUUGGCAGCGAUGGGGAUUUGUGCCCUGCCUAUUCACUGGACUCUACCAAGGAUCCCAAAGCACCUCAAAAGGCCCAUCCUGUGUGGAAAUGGCAGUUGGGUGGUGCAGCCGUUCCCCUCCCGCCCAGCCAUAAAUUCAGACGAUUUAAUUUAUGAAAGGGAUAUUUUGGAUAAGAAAACUACCUGUGCAAAAUUUAUAUUAAAAAAAAACAACUUUCCUGGUUUCUUUGCCAUGAACCACGAGCGGAUAUUUAAUCUCAACGUGCAGCAAAAUCUCAUAUUGGAAUAAUGUCCUAAAGACCGAAAGCCUUUCGUGUGGAUUAUUCUUUUGAUUUACCAAACACCGCUAUCUACUGACCGAGGCAUUCCACAGUACACUUUUUGAACUACUAAUGUCACUUUGAGGUUGUUUUACGGAUGUUUUCGAACACUUAAAAAUAAAAAUAUUUCAACGUUCAAAAUUGAAGUCAGUACCUCCACAGGGUUACUGCCACAAUGUACUUCACAAGUCGACAUAGUGAAAUGUUAGAAAAUGAGCCAUUUAAUGUAUGCACUACAGUUUUAAAUCGCAAAUGACUUCACGUUUUUGCCUGAGUGAUUGAUUAUAUUGUUUUGGAACCGUAGCAAAGUAUGAACGUGUGUUUAACUUAAAACAAAAAGAAUGUACCUUCAUCCGAGUCAAUAUGGCGGGCAGUCUAUAUAAAAUAAGCUUUUAUCUUGAAAGAGUCCAUAUCAUUGGUGUUUAGAUAGAUAAGCGCAAGCAGGUUACUGAUUUCAAACCUUUGUUGUCUUUAGUUCUUAAACGUAAAAUAAUUGCUUGAAAUGUUUACCUCUGGAACCCUGAGAAUGGCUCCGUCAACCUUAGUUCUAGCGCUAAGUUUGUACAUGAUUGUGUGCAGGUAACUAAGAUAAAACAAAAGAAAAUCACUUAAGCAAGGGGUGAAUCUAAAACAGAAUUAAUCAAUUUACUUUUGGUAACCAUGAGUUGGGAGUGUUUGAUAUGAAGGCAAUGAAUAAAUAACACAGACACGUAGCUCAUCAGGCCUUACAAAAUGGGGGGAAAAUCGGGGGGAAAUGCUGCAAAUGAUGCAGAUAUCCAUUUUUCAGCCAAGACACCAGAAACAGAGCAAAUGACAAUCAGUCAACCAUACUUACAUUUACACCAAAAGAUAGAAACUCGAAAAUGUAAGAUGCAUUGCAAAGAUUUGGGUGAGACAUCUAUUUACUGUCUUCAGGGACUUCUUUCAGGAAGUCUAGACAGAGUUUGCACUGUUAAUAUUACAUAAUUUAGCCUUGCAUUGAAAAGUAUGACAGACGAUGUAGAUGAGUCUUGAUUACAUUUGUUUCCUUUUACAAGGAUCUAAUAUGUUAUUAUUUACACAAUCCUUGAAGUGUAAUGGGCUAAAUUCGCUUGGCAUUUUAACUUAGGAAUUACAAUUGCUUGAAUUGGCAAGCAGUAUGAUAAUUAGGUGUUUUGCACAUAAUGAGGGCGUUUUAGGUCUCUGAAAUAUGCAGAAAAAGUACGGUUGUUUAAAAUGAAGAUGUUGUAAACUUUGUAAAAAAAAAUCUGUAUGAAAGGGAUAUACAAAAGUUAACUAUUGAGGAAAUGUAUUAUGUCCAGGCAUUGCAAAUGGUAUGUGUCCACAUCUCUGAAAAGUAAUAAUGGGAAAAUGUUGUAGUGUUUGUGUAUUUAUUUUUUCAAGAUGCAUAACCAGACUUGGCAAUACAUGAGCAUUUCAAAAAAGGGACAACACGUGAAUUACAGAAACUUAAAGUAAAAGUUCUCAUUUUACUUAGGUUGUCAUCUGUGCAGCUCCUUUCAUUAUUCACAUUCAGAUGUCCACAGAAAUGGUACACAAGCAGUCGUCAGAAUUUAAGGCAUGAAAAUACACUGGCAACUAACUGUGCUACUAAGCAGUGUCAGUGGAUACCACUUUGAAUCCCCCUAUCACCACAAACCAGUCCCUUGUUAUAUCUCCCAAGGUCACUUGAUAUUCAAAACAGACAGUGGGUAAUUUCAGCUUUCAAUACUAUCGUCUAUGCUUCUCACACUCUUUUAAUGUACACUCCUUUAAAAAAAAAAGAAUUUUCACUAUAUUGGGCAAAGCAGAAACUGACAGCGUAACCUUUGUAACACAGGAUAAUUUCAUUCCUAAUCCAUAUACAUAGAGAGAAAUUUUCAACCAGCAAAAACACAUGACACAUUGCUUAUUUAAGUUAAUGUGCUGCUAACUGUAGAGCACUUUGCCAUUGCUGACAUAUGUGACUUAUUAGCAGUGUAUGUUGCAAUGAUUUAUCCUCAGAGUCUUGGUUUUAAAAAGGUUGUUUUCAUUGGUCAAACACUGAUUAAAACACAUUUGAAAUACAUUUAAAUUAGCCAGGGAAAAACACCCAGCAAAUAUCACUUCCUGUAAAAUUACUCUAUUUUGUCUCAUUUGCCAUAAGGACACAAUAAUUAUUUACCAGACAACCAUAAUUUAAUGAAUGAAGGUGUCUCAAUGUUUGUAAAUACUAAUUUAGUAGGUAAAACAAUGUUUUCAAUAUAUUCAUAAGCGUGAUGUAGUUAAAUGCAUUUUGAUGUUGAAACAUAGUAGCACAGUACCGACACUGAACAAACACAGUUGUAACAAGUGAUCUUGAUUCUACUCUUAAAAACGUUAAAAAUCUGUUGUUGUUUUCUUCUAUGCCAUAAAAGUUUCUUUUCCUAUU